AUGGAGUCGCUAAAGCUUUACAACUCGCUCAAGCCUGGCGCUCCAGUGCCUUUUGUCCCUAUUGAGAAGGGCAAGGUCUCUUGGUACGCUUGCGGUCCUACUGUAUAUGACAAGAGUCACUUGGGUCAUGCUCGCAACUAUGUCUCGACAGACAUUAUUCGUCGUAUUCUGAUGCACUACUUUGGCUUCGACGUCAACUUUGUCAUGAACAUUACCGACAUUGACGACAAGAUUAUCAUCAAGGCCCGAAGACAACGAUUGCUCGAACUCGAAAAGAACAAGAACUAUUCCAAGGACGAACUCCGAGACCUUGCUCUGUCUGCUUUCCGAGCGUACGCAAAGAGCAGUCUGCCCCUGCUACUCAAGGAUGGAGAGGAAAUCAACGAAACCAACUAUGCCCAGCGAAGAGAGGCAGGAUAUGGACAUGUGCUUGCAGGUGGUACCAUUUCUGGCGAGGGCAAGCCUGGAGACGACGAGGCCAAGGUCAAGAUGCAUCUCAGCAACAUGACUGCUGCUGCUGAAGCUAUUUCUUCAGGAGAGAUCUUCCCUGGUACCGAUGAGAUCCUGCUGCCCUACCUUGACUCGCUAUACAAGGAGACUAUCGACACCCGCGAUCAGACCAUGUUCACAGAUCUGACCCAGAGCAUGGAGAAGCUAUUUAUGGACGAUAUGGAUGCGCUUAACGUCCUCCGACCCAGUGUUAUUACCCGUGUUACCGAAUACGUCCCUCAAAUUGCCGACUUUGUCAAGACAAUUGUCGACAAGGGAUUUGCAUACGAGGCCGAUGGUUCAGUCUACUUUGAUAUCUCUGCAUUCGAGAAGGCCGGAAACACCUACGCAAGACUGCGUCCUGACAACCGAAACGACAAGUCUCUUCAAGAGGAGGGUGAGGGAUCCCUUUCCAAGGGCCUCAGCGGAAAGAAGAACCCCGGCGAUUUCGCUUUGUGGAAGAAGUCCAAGGCUGGUGAGCCAUUCUGGCCCAGUCCUUGGGGUGAUGGCCGUCCUGGAUGGCACAUUGAGUGCUCCGUGAUGGCAGGCUGUGUUUUGGGACCUAUCAUGGAUAUUCACUCCGGUGGUAUCGAUCUUGCAUUCCCCCAUCAUGACAACGAAUUGGCACAGAGUGAGGCUUACUUCUGCGAGCACGGUAAGGGUGAGCACACAUGGGUCAACUACUUCCUCCACAUGGGACAUUUGUCUAUCUCUGGUUCCAAGAUGUCCAAGUCUCUCAAGAACUUCCAGACCAUUCAGGAUGCGCUUGCUACAACCUACUCUUCGCGAGGCAUGCGAAUUGUGUUCCUCAUGGGUCGAUGGAAUGAUGGUGUUGAGAUCUCACCCGAUAUGAGAUUGCAAGCUGACAACUGGGAGGCUACCAUCAGCAACUUCUUCAUCAAUGCCAAGGCUUUGCUCGCCGAGGCUGGCAUCACAUAUGGAGUCAAGUCAAUGUCUCUGAAUGCCGAUGGCAAGUCAAGUGAGGGUCUUUCGGCUGAGCUUGAGCAAGCCAAGCAAGACUUUGAGGCUGCCAUGACCAACUCGUUCGAUACGCCAAAGGCCAUGUCUGUUAUUCUCAAGCUGGUCAACACUGCCAAUGUUCAUGUGAGAGACAACAAGGAUGCCGAUCUUGUCGGUCUUGAGUCUAUUGGUCGAUGGAUCACCAAGAUGGUUGGCAUCUUCGGUCUCGACUCCAAUGCUUCACCCCCAUAUGAGGGUCUUGGCUGGGCUACAACUAUCGCCUCUGAUGUUGAGCCCAAGACGGCCGUUCAGCCUUAUGCUGAUGCCUUUGCUAAGAUCAAGUCAGAUGUUUCUAGCCUUUCUCUUGAGAGUGAAGAGAUCUCUUCAUUGCUUGAGCAAAACCCCACCGCUGAGUUCGAGUCGAUCGCAGCCGGUGGCUCGCGCGAUCCUGAGCGAUUGGCCAUGCCUUAUCUUCGCGCCGCUUCUAAGCUUCGAGAUGAGCUUCGUCGCAUCGUUGGUAACCAAUCACCUGACACCAAGAAGGCCAUCCUCGCUUUGACCGAUCGUAUUCGUGACGAGGAUCUCACAAACCUCGGCGUCUACCUCGACGACAGAACCGAUGCAGCCUCUCUGAUCAAGUUCAUCCCAGCUACUGAGCUGAUUGCCGCUCGUGAAGAGAAGGUCGCCCAGGCUGCUGAGAAGGCACGAAAGAAGGAAGAGGCCCGUCUUGCCCGCGAGAAGGCUGACCAAGAAGCCCGUGAAAAGGCAAAGGUCCGACCUGAGGAUAUGUUCAAGGGUGAUGAGAGAUAUAGUGCUUGGGAUGAGCAAGGAAUGCCCACCAAGAUGAAGGAUGGAAGCGACGUGCCCAAGAGUCAGCUCAAGACUUUGAAAAAGCAGUGGGAUAGACAGAAGAAGGCUCAUGAUGAUCUCAAGGCCAAGGGACUAUUGUAG